AAUUUAGUACGACGGUAAUAAAAAAAAAACCAGGACCAGAUCUACAAAAGUCAGAACUCACCAUUUUGGACUGCGAAAACAUUAUUAAAUAGACUAACAUUUUGUAAAAUCUAAUAGAUCUAAUCUAGAUAGAUUAUAUAAUAAAUCUAGAUUGUUAGAUCUAUUUGUUGCUGCAUUUCCAAAAAUUGUAAUGGCUGGGUUACCUCGGCGCAUAAUAAAGGAAACUCAACGAUUAAUGGCUGAACCAGUAGCUGGAAUAACAGCUAUACCAGAUGAACAGAAUGCCAGAUAUUUUCAUGUAGUUGUUGCAGGUCCAUCUCAGUCACCUUAUGAAGGCGGCCUUUUUAAACUAGAGCUCUUUCUUCCUGAAGAAUAUCCAAUGUCUGCACCAAAAGUUCGUUUUAUGACAAAGAUCUAUCAUCCUAAUAUUGAUAAAUUAGGCAGAAUUUGUCUUGAUAUACUUAAAGAUAAAUGGAGUCCAGCUUUGCAGAUUCGUACUGUUCUUCUGUCUAUUCAAGCUUUAUUAAGUGCUCCCAAUCCUGAUGAUCCUUUAGAUAAUAGUGUGGCAGAACAUUGGAAAACUAAUGAAAAGAGUGCUAUAGAUCAAGCUCGUCAAUGGACUCAGCUUCAUGCCAGAGCAAACAAUGUCAACAGUCACUGAGUGCACAUUUGAUUAGUAUUUUUUAAAUCUGUUGUAUGUAUUAAAACAAUUUUGAAAUAUCUUGACAUUUCAAGAGAAGGAAAAUAAAGAUAUAUUUGAAAAAUUUUAUUAUUUAUUUUCAGUGCUCAUAUUAGUGGUUUUUCCCUUAAAUGGGAAAUAUUAAGAAAAUUUUAAAGUGUAGAUAAUAUGAAUGAUUUUUUCCUUUGUAAAUAAGGCUUUAAAAUUUCUUUAGCAGCCUUUCUUAGUCAUAAUGUUUUUGUUAGCAUACCUUUUUGUUUUCUGAUUUAAAAUGUUUUUAGGGAAAGAAUUUAUAUAGGCUAGUAAUUGAAUGUUUAUUUUUUUUUAAAUCUGAUAUAAUUUAUCUUGACUGAAGAAGUAAAGAAACUAAAGAUAACCAUAAUAAUUAAACAUUAUGAAUUUCAUUCAAUUUAUAUAAGAAAAUUUUUGUUCAUUAUGUGUAGCUAUAUUUUUUAAAUCAUGAAACAAUUGUAUCAUUUAAAUGUUGGUAAAUAAAAUAUAAAUUACCAUACCCAA